UUUGCUAAAAGCCAAUCAUAAAAUAUGCAUAUUUCACAACUUGAAGAACAGAAGACAAAAUUAACUCCACAGUGACUUUUGAUUCAUAGUCCUCUGAUAAUUAUUUGCAAGAGCUAAUGGAAAGCAGGAACAGAAAUGAGACAGGAUGAGAGUCUUCUCAAAGCAGAGUGGAGAGAAAGACCUGUGAAUUUGCUGCCCAGACAGCCUCACCUCAGCUCUAAACAGUCUAUGAAAUUAAUUGAAACUAAUUAUUAAUCAAAUUGCAACCCCCUAAAAGAUGAUAAGGUGAUAAUGGCAGCAAACAUGAGUUACAAAAAACAAAUCAGCAAGGAAGAUAUACCCUAGAUGGAUGAGGGCCAAGUCUGGGAAUACUUAAGCAAUCUGCCUGUGCAUAAAUCCAUUGGCCCUGGUGGGAUAUACCCACAGGUGCUGAGACAGAUGGUAGAUCCAUUGCAGUUUCCAUCAGCUUUGAUCAGUCAUGGCAAUGAGGGGAAGUGCCCAAGGAUGGGAAUAAAGCAACAUCACCCCCACCUUCCAGAAGGGCAGGAAGGAUGACUGGGGGAACUACUGACUGGGGUCAGCUUCACCUCAGUGCCUGGGAAGGUGAUGGAUGAGCUAAUCCUGGAAACCACCUUCAGGCCCAUCAAAGACAGUGGAAGUGCCAGCAGUUGGUGAGUAUGGCUCGAACAAGGGGAAGUCGUGUUAGACAGUUUGGUAAACCCCCAUGGUGAAGUGGUUGGCCUGGUAGAGGAGAGGAGGGCAGGGGUAUUGUCUGCCUGGACUUCAGUGAGGCCUUUGGCACUGCCUCCCAUGAGAUCCUUGCAGAGAAGCUGUUGAUGUGUGGGUUUGAUAAGCAGACAGUGAGGUGGACUGAAAAGUGGCCAAACUGUUGUGUCCACAGUGUGGUGGCAUGGUGUAGUUGGAUGCCAUCAGGGAUCAAUAUUGCACAACAUUCCAUUAGUGAUCUGGAUGAUGGGCCACAGUUUAGCCUCAGCAAGUUUGCAGACAGCACCAGACCCACAGGAGUGGCAGACAGAGCAGAAGGUGAUGCUGCUAUCCAGAGGGACCUUGACAGGUUGGAGAAAUGGGCUGAUGGGUACCUCAUGAAGUUCAGCAAGGAGAAGUGCAAAGUCCUGCAGCUGUAGACAAAAAAACCCAUCAUGGUGCCAUCUAGAAUUCAACCUGGCAGAAAGGAAUUUGGUUGUCCUGGUGGACAGCAGGUUGAACAUGAGCCAGUGGUGGGCCUUUGUGGUCAAGAAGGUGAGUGGUACUCUGGGUCACAUUAAACAAAGCAUUGCCAGCAGGUCAAGAAAAGCGAUUCUGCUUCUUUGCUCAGCUCUGGUGAGGCCAGAUCUGAAAUACUCUGGGUAGAGUUAAUUUUCUUCCUAGCUUCUGGCAUGUAGCUCUGGUUUGGACUGGUGCUGGAAGCACUGCUGAUAACAAAGGGUUGUUUUUGUCACUGCUGAGCAGGACUUAUGCAAAGUCUAGGCCUUUUCUGCGUCUCACAUCACCCUACCAGUGAGUUGAGAGGGGACAGAGCGGGGACAUCUGACCCCAGCAGAUCCAAGGAUUACCCCAUAACAUAUGGCACCAUGCUCUGCAUAUAAAGCUGUGGAAAGAAGGAGAAAGGAGAGAACAUUUGGAGUGAUGGCAUUGCCUCCCACAGUAACCAUUAUGUGUGAUGGAACCUGGCUUUCCUGGAAAUGGCUGAACACUUGCCUGCCUGUGGGAAGCGGUGAAUGCAUUUAUUGUUUUUGUUUGCCUGCAUGUGUGGAAUUUCCUAACCCUUUCCUCACUUUUAUCCUCCUGAUUCUCUCCCCCAUCUCACUGGUGGGGAGUGAGCAAGUGGCUGUGUGGGGCUAAGUUGUGGCUGGGGUUGAGCUGUGACAAUGGGACAAAGAGGGUGAGGAGGGGGAGCCUGUGCCAAGGGACCUGAAGGGACUACUGCUUCUGUCUUCCAGCUCUAUUUUGAGCUGAAUUUGUACCAAAGGAAUAUGAAAACAGUGAGUGAAAGGAGGAAGCCUGUGAAAUGUGGAGAAGGAGGGGUUUUUGAGGCGGUGCUCUGUCGGCUCAUUCUCUUGGCUGUGCAGAAUGAAGGCAGCAUUUUCAAACCUGCAGCAUUGCCCUUUUCUUUGUGCUGCACUUCACAGUUGCAGCUCUGUUCAUGCUCUCUGCUGGGGUUUUGUCAGGUUCAGCGAGGAUGGGAUGCUGAGGCAGGCAGGGAGUCACCCACACGUGUGCCUGUGCACUACAGCUGAUGAGGCUGCGGCGCUUUACCUUUGCAGAGCACACUGCUCGUAUUAACCAGACAGUCCACGAGGCUUGUGUCCCCUUGCAUUUGUGACAAAGCAUGACAGCUGGGUGUCACCUGGCUUUCAUAUGUGGGAGCUUCACACGAGCAGCCUUUAUUUUAUCAAGAGGCACACUUUCAUUGGACUCCUUUCUCCUGAGCUCUGAUAUGAGUGCAUGAGAGGAGAGAUGAGCAUCCCCAAAGGGUGAUGUGGAUGUCAAAGAGCCAUGCAGCAAGCAAAAGGGCUGGGAUCUGACAGCAGCUGCUGAAGUGCUGAAUUGCCUGUGCCUGAAGAAGUCUGACCACAGCUGGAGGUUACAGAAGGUGCAGGCACAGUUCCCCAAGGUGUGUAUCCCUCCCCUCAUACCCCCUUUUCGGGUUUUUUUUGUCUACUCGGGAGAAUCCCUUAUUCAAACAGCCAAGUGAGAUAUGAUAGAGGUGUUUUGCACUGCUGUUUCUCCCAGGUGAAUGGGAUUUUCCAGUGAUACCACCUUUGUCUUAUCCAGACACUGAUACUGUGUGUUUAGGUCUCAGGGAGAGGGAACAAUUUAGUGUGUAGAUAUGGAAAAAGCUGCUGCAGAGUAAUUUUAGCUCUCCCUUGCCAAGGCAAUUCCCCAAAUUGCAAAAAUAUUGCCAGAAUCUCCUACCCUUCAGCUAUUACAGUGCCAAGGAGUAUGGAAGGUAAUACUCCUUCCCACAAGAGGUUUCUGCUCAGUCUGGCUACACAACAGUGUUGCCUUGCCAUGGUAAAGGGAAUUAUUCUUCAAUGUCUCACAUACCGUCUUGAUUUCCUUGUUUUUCCUCAAGCAGAGCCCUCAGAGUGAUGCUGACUUAAAAAACAAAACAAACAACAAAAAUCAAACCAAACAAAACCCUGCAGCUCCUUUCUUAAGGCAGCCAUACCAAAGUGGUUCUUGCUGGCAAAGCUUUUUUUUCCUUGCACACCAAGAAAUCAUUUUAACAAGCCCUGGAGUUGAUGUCAUGGUUGUUUUUUUUACUGCAGGGAGGAGUGUGAAACCCUGCUUUCCUCCACACAUACAUGUGGGAGGGCUUUGGAGCAAACCUGGGUGGGAGGAGGGAACAGGCUGGGUUUCCAGAAAAGCUCUGGGGAUGUCAAGUGCCAAAAUGCCAAAGCAGUUCCAGGGGACAGGGGGAAAUCAGAAGGGCAGAGCAGAAGAGCAAAGUGGGGAUGAGUCUGUGCUGAGAGGCACUGAACAGCAGCAAAGCAAAGAGCUGCAAAACAAAGAGCAGGACAAGGAGAAAGCAAAGGCAUCAGCAGCUCAUCUCUCACCAUGUGGCCAGCGCACCAGGAUGGGAGCCGGGGUCAGCCAGCUGGAAAGCCUUCUGGCACAAAUUCCUGGUGUCUUGUGGGGUUUCUUGCAUUAUGGCAGCUUCACACCUCAGCAGCCUGGUUCCUACCCUCUUUUAUACAAGAGUUCUGCUGAGUAGAAGUCACCUCUGGGAAGCCUUUGAUAGCAGGGAAGUGUGUGUGUUUCCUUGGCAAGGUGGAGCAGGCUCAUGUGCUUGUACUGCCACUUGGAAAUCAAAAGCAAGCUGCAGGCUGCCUGCUAGAUUUGCACCAGCACAAAACAGGUAGCAGAAGGAGAAUGCCUGCUGCAGGAGGACGAGUGGGAAUCCUCCUACCACAGAUGCCCUGAGAACCUGUUCUGUCCCCUUUGCCCUCUCCUGUCAGCAGCUCCCCCUGCUUGCCCAUGCCCAUGCACAGCUCCUCUCUUUACAGUCAUAACACUGAUCUCUGCUUAGGCAAUAUUCUUCUUUUGACUUCAUUCCAUCAUGGCUUUUAGGUGAUGGGUUCUUCUUCUCAGAGCACUAAUAGAUGCUUAACAUUAAAUACCAUCUCUUAAUACUGGCUACAAUCCUGUGCUCCAUAGACCGCAAAACAUAAACAUUGUUGUUCAAGUAGGAAAAGAUUGUAUUCUGGGGAAAAGAGAGCUUUAGCCUGAAUAAAAGCAUUCACAAAGAGCUGUUGUCAUCCUCUUUAUGUUCUUGGAUUUGGGCUUUUUCCUAAAGCAAAUCUGGCAAAAGUUAAAGAUCUGAAGAAAAAAUCACAGGCCGAAUCUAAACCUUGAUAUUCUUUAUGGCCUUGCUUUUCACACAGCUGUAUCUGUAUGGACUGUAGGGGAGGCAUCCCAGAAAGACAGCCUUUUCCUAUGCUGAUAACUAUGUCACAGCUCACAGUUAAUCACCUACCUCUGCCAGUUCAUUUCUGUGUAUUUGUUUAUACCCAAAGUAUAUGAGUGUUUUCCAUAUGUAAGACUAUGGAUGAUAAAAAUUUACAUGAUAGAGAGACUGGGCAAAAACACCAUUGUAAGUAAAUGUGUCCCCAUUGAAAAAGAUAGGUUAUACAGUUUGGCUCCUGCUGGAACUCCUGCCUGGCAGAGUGAGGUCUGAUUUGCCUGUGACAGUAACUGGUGAGUGAUCUCUCCCUGCCCUUAUCUCAACCCCUUAGCCUUUUGUUGCAUUUUCUCGUCCAGCUGAGGAGGGAAGAUAUAGAGUGGCUUGGGUGGGCACCUGAUGUUCAGCCAAGGUCAGCCCACCCCUCUGUCCAGCACUGCAGCCUGUGCUUCUGUGCCAGCUUCAUCGAGGGGUUGGAUCCGAGCUGUGAACACGCUGCAGCAAUUGUGCUCAGCUAUACUGGGCUUCAAGCACUAAAAUUGGGGCACAACUGUGAAUUCUGAAUGCUUGUAGCUGUCACUGUCUUCCAAGGAGUAAUUAAUUCAUAGGGGGCAGGAUCCAUGCCUGGUAACAAAAGACAUAUUUCUGUGCUCCGCAGCAAUGCUCACGGCACUGCUGUACUGCCCAUUCCAAAAUGCCAGGGGUUUCAGGAGCUCUGGCUUGUGAUGUGCAGGCUUGGGGUCUCCUCACUGGUGAGACUGAUGGAGCUGUGACCAGGAAGAGCAUCUGUACGAGAGCAGCACCAUUGCUGAGACUUGUCCACAUUAUGUCUCCUCCCAGCUGCUUGUGGAAUGUCCAGGCACUUGCUGUCAAUGCCGUGGUGGCCUGACUGGUUUCUUCCAGCCUUCUGCUGUUCCACACAGCCAGCCAAAUGCUCAGAAAUGCUUUAGAUAUCCAGGUUUGCUUGUGUGUAGGAAGGGCAAUAGGUAUCUUUCCACAUUAUGUAUCAUCUUAGAUCACAGACGUGUAAUCUCUUUUUUCCCUGAGCUUCAUCUGUACAAGUGAGUGAGUGAGCCUGCGGUUGGUGGUCUGACAGGCACCAGAGCAGAGGGUGCUGCCACUCUCCUGUGAAACCAUAGGAAGUGUUUCAUGAUUCAAGAUAAGACCUUCACUUCCUCGUUCUGUGCUCAUACCACUGAGCUGCCACCGAGGCUGCACCAUCCACCCCGAGAGCCCUGUCACGAAAUGGACCAGGAGACCCUGGGAAGCAUUGUCCUGCUUGUCAUCGUCACCCUGAUCAGUGUCAUCCAGAACGCUUUUUUUGCAAACAAAGUGGAGCAUGAAAGCAGACACUGCAAUGGGAAGGUGUUGCAGCGGCAGGGAUCCUCCUCCUUCGACCGUGUCUACACUGCCAACCAGAACUGUGGACAUGCAUACCCUACGUUCCUCGCUGUGCUUUGGUGUGCUGGCCUUCUCUGCAGCCAAGCUCCUGCUGCCUUUGCUGGCCUGAUGUACCUGUUUGUGAGGCAGAAGUACUUUGUGGGCUACCUCGGGGAGAGAACUCAGAGCACUCCUGGUUACCUGUUUGGAAAGCGCAUCAUUUUGUUCCUGUUCCUCAUGUCUGUGGCUGGAGUACUCAACUACUAUCUUGUCUUCUUUUUCGGAAGUGACUUUGAAAUACACAUUAAGACGAUAACCAGCGCGAUCUCUCCAUUGCUGCUCAUUCCCUAAUUCCCCAGAGCACUGAGAGGGUCAGCACGCUUCCUAUAUUGAUGCCCAAAAGCUGCUAUAAUUCAACUGUUUAAGAAAUGAACCCAUAACCCAGUGAGAUUUCUGUAAAUCUCAUGCUUGACAAGCUCUGUAGUUUGAUUUAGCCUUGCUUUUUUUUCUUCGGCAAAAAGAUUUAUCAUGAGCACUUGGCACGCCCAAGGAAUGGUAACAACUUUUCAUUUAAUUCUUUAGAAUUCUUUUCCCUAAAGGGCAUCUUGCAAGCUGCCUGCAUGACUGGAAGGGACAUUGUAUGCUUGCUUCAUAACUGUGUCGUGCUUAGCUUUUGUCCCAAACCCCAGGAUCCUCCCAGUGUCGUUCCUGUCUGGUGGCUCCCCCAGUCACCCUCAGAUGCAAGAACAGCCCUUCACCAUCAUUCCCCGCGGCCCUGCCCACACAAGGGCAUGGACCAGCCUCUUCACCGACCCUUUCCCUCUGACUUGUUGAUGACCAAACUCUUGCUGGUGCAGGAGGGUGGCAAAUUGGCCCCCUUCUGGUCUUCCUUGAUAAAUAAAUAUUCAUGUGCGUAACAGUCACCACGCUGAUCUCAUUCACGCUUCAGCCUCUUUGUUCUCCCAGAACUGGGAAAAGGAGUGGUGUGUAAAUGAGGAGCUGGUGUAUCGCCAGUGGGGUUGGGUUUGUUUUGAUUUGCUUUGUUUAAUAAAACAGUCUAAAGCAAUGAAAUGUGUCUGCUGCUGUCUUCUUUGCCUAGUGCGCGAUCUCAGCGCUCUGUGGCUCAGCAUCCAGCCAGAGCGUGGAGCCAGGGCAGGAGCACUGGGCUCUUUGUGGAGCUGCUGAUUGCCCCGAGAGGACCGAGCUGAACAAGUCCCCCUCUAUGAGCACGGUCAGUGCUCUGCUCCCAGCUCUGACCGUGUGCCACACAGGUCUGCGCUGAGCAGAGCUUUGAUUAGUGGUGCAGACCGAGGCAGGCAAACAGGUCUGUGCAAUCUUUUUAAACAUUGCUACCCUCCGAGUGCUUAAGCUCUUAAGCCUGUCUGAUUGCUGCAUGCAGGAUGGAUAAAGCUGUAUUUUAUGACUCCUUCGGGAGGGAAUGAGACUCCUCGCUAUGUGAGAAGAGAGAGUGCAGCUGUUCACAAAAGAAGGUGCAGAAAGCCAUCUGCCUUGGUACUACAACAGGCUGGGGGGUUUUGGUGCUGUCUCAUGGGGCAAAGGUGCUUGUGCAUGGUUGAUCUCCUCGGCAUCUUUUCUCUUUUUUUCCUUUUUUUUUUCUUUUUUUUCCUUUUUUUUUUUUGUGUUAUACAGGAACCUUAGAUGUGAAAGAUUAGUAACAGACACAUUUAUUGCAUGAUGAUUAUAAAUGUUCUCACUGGUUAGAAUAGGUAAUUAAAACUAUUUAAUCUAGCCUUCCAACCUAUGGCUGCCGAGACACCUUAUUCCCAGGCAGGGCACUCAUGUUCACUUCCUCCCAUCCUUCUCAUGACACAUUCCAAAUACUCCUCACAUCAUGCUAUUCUGCCACAGCUCUCUUCAGAGCUGAUGCCAGCUGCCUAUGUGUGCUGGAGACACACUACCCUUUAGCCCCAUGGUGUCAACCCCUCAAGGGAUGGCAGCACUCCAGGAGGAGCGGGGUAACCCCAGGGCUCUGGAGCUACAGAGCUAUUCUGCAUUGCUGGGAUCAGCACGGGCUCAUGCUGCCACCACCUUUAGCAUGUUCAGAGCCGGAGAAGAUUCACCAGCACCAGUCCCUGCUCUCCAGCCUGUCUGGUCUCUCUGAGGUCUGGGACUUGUUAAUGGAACCCAUCACUUGUGGGAGGUGACUCUCCCAAUUCUGUGUGUCCACCUUGCAGGUCUCCUCAGAUGUCUGAGUCUCCCCUAGGGCUUUUUUGUCCUCUAUAUCAAGAAACAGCUCACUUGAAGUCCUACUUUCCCCUGUUAGCAUGAGAAGUGACUCUCCACCAGCCAGCUAUAAAGGGAAGAAUAUUCAGGCGCCUAUUUUGGGUCAGAUAAGCUAUCAUAGCACUCUGUGGACCAAACUUGAUGGUCCUUGUGGAUCCCUUCCUACUCAAGAUAUUCUGUGAUUCUUUGUCAACUUGAUGGUUGGUUUUUACAUAGUUGUACUUAGGUAUGAUCAGAUCAGAGGAACCAAAGCCCAUCUUUUGCUGCAAUGUUUUAUUUCACAAGAACGUCUCCUACUUGCUUCCUCAAAACCUUUCUGAUAAUGAAAGAUAUUUAAAUGUAGGCAAAAUCCAUUUUCCAUCUAUUUGUAAAUGGAAAUAGUGACAGUAUCAGACAAACAGGGGCAACAUAAAUUGAUCACUAUGUAAAUUCUUGGUGAAUAUCAUGGUGUAUUUUCCAUAUUACAGGCAGGCCUUGUGGUUGCAUUUGCUUUCCCACUCUUUCUGUGAAAGGAAGGCAAUGUCAGUGAUAUUUGGGCUUCUCUCAGAGUCUUAGCUCCAAGUUUUGUUUUCAGCAUCAAAACUACCCUGAUCUUGUUGGUACAGUUGUCAGCACUUAGCACACCAUCUACUCAGAAAGCUGCACACACAGGCUCUUUGCAAGGAGUU